CUAGUCGUUAAGCAAUUGCGCAUGCGCAUUGGCCAACCGAAGUGAACUGUCAUUCUUUUUUUUUCUUUUUUCUUUGAGGCACGCACUGCAGUGACACAGAGAAGCACAGAAAAACACAGGGACCAAGCGUAGGUGAAGGACUGAAGGUUGCUGUUCCGAUCCUAAUAUUAUUAGAAGAUGUAAAAACACACCGUUAACGUCUCCUAACAGUCUAAGACCAGUUGAUGUCGGAUGGCAUUGCAUAGGAACGCGCAGAUAUGAGAUAUUAUCCGCAUGGAUUUGUACUGAUCACUAACCUAUAGACAUCCCACCAAGCCUGAGGAGGAAACCUUCUUACAUCCUGGGCUGAGAGAGGAGAGGAGAGGAGAGGAGAGAUCAUCAGAGACUCUUUACAGGGUUUGAGGAGAGGAAGAGGAGAGCGCUUUGGCAGACUGGAGCUGUGCGUUCAGAACCAAGACACAUACAGCGUCAUCUUUUACUAAAUGCCGCCAGUGUCACUGCUCUGUGGUUCCACAUCUGUAUAGGAUCUUUCAGUGAAGAGCAUAAUGAUGCUGGAGUGCAUGCCGUGUGGAGAAUCGGUUCACGUGUUCGUGGGAGCUUCUUCUUCGGCACCGUGUGUUUUAUUUUCCUAAUCGCUAUCAUAUCAUUCUCGAUAAAAAGCGAUUUACAUAAGCUAUGCGUAAUUGGAGACACAUUCUAGAGUUGCACGACCACUGAUCGCGUGCUUAAUCUGUUCGGUUCAGUGCAACCCUCUCGUUAACCGGUUCACCCAUUGCGCGCAUGUUUCCCCAGGGUCGGUGCGCGUUGCCUCGCCCGAGCUUUAGGAUGUAACACCCGGCCCUCGCUCGCGACAUGCCCGAGCGACGCGAUGGUCCAAGGCGACGAGAAAGACCGAGUUGUGAUUAACGUCGGGGGGAUCCGGCACCAGACCUAUCGCAGCACCCUGCGCACUCUGCCGGGGACGCGCUUGGCCUGGCUCGCCGAGCCCGACGCCCACAGUCACUUCGACUACGACGCCCAUGGCGACGAGUUUUUCUUCGACCGACACCCGGGCGUCUUCGCGCACAUCCUUAACUACUACCGCACGGGGAAGCUGCACUGCCCGGCGGACGUGUGCGGCCCGCUUUAUGAGGAGGAGCUCGCCUUCUGGGGCAUCGACGAGACGGACGUGGAGCCGUGCUGCUGGAUGACCUACCGACAACACCGCGAAGCCGAGGAAGCCCUAGACAGUUUCGGCGGCGGGCCCGCCGACAUGGGCAGCGACGACUUGGAUGGAGACGGUCUGGGAGAACCCGGGGACGGCGACGACGAGUUGGAAAUGACCAAGAGGCUCGCGCUCGGGGACACGACCGAUGCCAAAACGGCUGGACUGUGGCAACGAUGGCAACGUCGCGUCUGGGCGCUCUUCGAGGACCCUUACUCUUCUAAAUAUGCAAGGUGGGUGGCAUUUGCCUCUCUGUUCUUCAUCCUGGUGUCUAUAACCACAUUCUGCCUGGAGACACACGAGGCCUUCAACCCCAUCAUCAACCGCACGGAUGUUGACCCGCAGGACAACAACAUCACACGAGUCUACCAGGAGACUGAGACCGAGGUCUAUCUUACUUACAUUGAGGGCGUGUGCGUGGUAUGGUUUACCUUCGAGUUCCUCAUGCGCAUCACCUUCUGUCCUGACAAAAAAAAGUUCAUCAAAAACACCCUCAACAUUAUCGAUUUUGUGGCCAUCCUGCCUUUCUACUUAGAGGUGGGUCUGAGCGGCCUGUCCUCCAAAGAGGCUAAAGAUGUGCUAGGGUUUCUGCGUGUGGUCCGAUUUGUACGCAUCCUCCGAAUCUUUAAACUGACGCGACACUUUGUGGGCCUGCGUGUGCUUGGGCAUACACUCCGUGCCAGCACCAACGAGUUCCUCCUUCUCAUCAUCUUCCUUGCCCUUGGAGUGCUUAUCUUUGCCACCAUGAUCUACUACGCUGAGCGCAUUGGGGCCAAGCCUAAUGACCCCCGUGCCAGCGAGCAUACACACUUCAAGAACAUCCCCAUUGGGUUUUGGUGGGCCGUGGUCACUAUGACUACUCUGGGUUAUGGAGAUAUGUACCCACAGACGUGGUCGGGCAUGCUGGUGGGUGCACUGUGUGCCCUGGCUGGUGUGCUCACCAUUGCCAUGCCCGUCCCAGUCAUUGUCAAUAACUUUGGGAUGUACUACUCGCUGGCUAUGGCAAAGCAAAAACUACCAAAGAAAAAGAACAAGCACAUCCCACGUGCCCCACAGCUGGGCUCUCCAAAUUUCUGUAAGUCAGGCACGAACUCGCCCCACCACAGCACACAGAGUGACACAUGCCCGCUGGCUGCCCAGGACGAGGUUUUAGAAAUGAACCGAGCAGAUCCCAAACUGAACGGCGAGGCGGCUAAGGCAGCGCUGGCCAAUGAAGACUGUCCACACAUAGACCAGGCCAUUUCUCCCGAGGACGGCCAGAUUUUUAGCCCCUGCGAACCACGCGGGGAAACUCCGUGUUUCCUUCUAAACAUGACCGGCCGAGCCACACACCCUGGCGCCAGAGUGAGAAAAGCUGGAACAUUCUCAGGGAGGACAGGGGGGGAGCCGGCCGGUCCCACACUAGGCUACCCGCUGUUGCAGCUAGGGUGGACACACAGCCAGGAGGAUGGCCAUGCCAGAGUCACCACCUGACUGCCAGCCCCACUUUAAUCACAAAUAGCAGAGUGCAGAUGCCUUUUAGGACAGCAUUAGCAACUAAGACACCCUCCAUCCCCUGCAGCUUGAGUGAUCCCUAUCAUAUUUACACAAUAUUUAAAUCAGUAUAGGGAAAUACCGCUUGUACACACUCACCCUCCUGCAGCCAUCCUAAAUACAACCAAGACUGUUUAGAUGGAAAUUCAUCAGCUUGUUAGCUUUCAACCACAAAGCCAGAAGCAAGGAGUAGGUCAUAGAUAAACAUUAGGACUGAGAAAGCUUUCAGCAAGACCUUUUCAUCCCUUGUAGCCAGACUGGAGAUGGUCAUAUAUGUGUGUAUAAUAUUCUAAGCAGAGGCUACAUAAGACCAAUAAAAGUUGAACCAGAAUGUCAGCACUAGCCAAGCAAUAGCACUGUCUCUCUGUGUCUUGUGUCCAGCUCUGUGUGAGCAUGCUCUGUUUAAUUCCACAGUUUCACUUUUAGAAGCACCAUAAGAACAAUCAACAGCUACACACCACACACACUUCUCCUACACACACAGUAUAUUUCUGUCUCAGUGUGCUGUUUAAAAUGUGUUGAUUGUGUUUGUAAGAGCUUUUGUCAGUGUGAAAGUAUUUUUAUGUACAUAUGUAGGCUAUGUGAGCAAACGUGUGUGUGUGUGUGUGUGUGUGUGUGUAAGAGAGAGAGAGAGAGAGACAGAGAGAGAGAGAGAGAGAGAGAGAGUGUCCGAGUGUGUUUGGAUGUAUACGUGGAUGUUGCUGUUGUAAGCGAGUUCUGUUUUUUGGUGUGCUGUUGUGUGUGUGGUGUGCAUGUUUUGGGCCAGUUUAUGGGCCUCCCAGCAUGCUUUGUCCUGCUGCUAGGGCUGGUAUUGGUUGGGAGAAAGGGGAGUCCAUAAACAGAAAAGUCAUAAAGUGGGUAGUAAUGAAUAGAAAAAUAAUCUUAGUGUUGAUCUUGACAGCCAUUAUAGGUCACUUCCUGUAACCUUUCAGGAAUAAAUAGAUCAUUCCUGGGCAGUUGUAAGAUGAUUUAAAUAUCACUUUUGCAGAGGGAUUUUGGGCCAUAGCUACUAAAGCUAUGCAGCAGAUCUGCCUUAUAUUGCUGAGAGGAAGACAUGCAAAACUGUGGAUCUACUGCACCAUCCAUAUGUUAAUUAAAGUACUCGUGCAAAUUUUACCUUAUGUUUUGGCCUCACUGCCAUUUUCAGGCCGUUUUCUGAAAGCUUUCCAUUGACAAUGGAGCAUGAAGAUACUAGAAAAUGGCAUUCCAGGUGUCUAACCCCAUGGGUGUCUAACCCCUGAUCUUUACAUAAUUUCUGUGAUUUUCAGUGCUGCAGUCACUUGCUCUAUGGCAAACCGAGACAAUGAACAUUAAACACACUUUCUUGCAGCCACAGUACUGCUUGUAUACUGUACAAAGCAGUCACAGGAAAUUAAUUCAUUAUUUUCAAAAAGAUGUGUUUUUUGUGGAAGAAAUUGUCAUUUUAAUGUGGAUGGAAAGACAAAAUGGAUAAGAAAAGGUAUGUUUACUGUUAGUGUACAUUUAAGUGUGUGUAACAUGAGGUGAGAUGCAGGACACAAGUGUAUAACCUCAGUAUGUGCUUUAGUGAGGCAAAUCCUUAGCAGGGGUCAAAAUAUAGGCAGGCAGUGUUAAUUUGGGAUAAUCUUUAAUCUACUGUAUGCCAAAACAGGCAAAGGUCAAAACCAGGAAGUACACUGAAAAACCUGGACUUAAUGUUACAAAAACACAAUUAGACUUUGCACCACUACAAAGAAACAUCAGUGUAUACAUAGACAACCUAAUCAAGGAGUAACACAAAACAGGUGAACACAAUCAGGUAACAAACCAAUGAUAUGAUGGGGGCAAAGUCAGGAAUAGAAUACAACACCAAAUCACAUGAUGCAAAGGGGAAAACUGUGAGUGAGGCAAAAUAGAUUUAAAAAAAAAAAAAGAUGAUAUGUUUUAAAAUUUACCAGUGUUAGUGAACCAGUUACCAGAGUAGGCCUUAGUAAAUACGGCCCUUUUUCCCUCUUGAAGUACAAAUAAAUUUUCCAAAUACCUCAAACAUAUUUGUAGCAUUUCUCCUGCACCUUGUCCUCCAGUCAUCCUCUAUCCUACCUGAUACCAGCCCAAACAUUUCUUGUGCAUGUGUGCUCUUUUUAACUGCAUGAAACCUGCCAGCUGGUAAAAUGACCUCAUCCAGAUGUAAAUCCAUCCAGAAAACUAAAAACAGAGCUCAAAGUCUCUGUAUCUGACUGUCAUUUGCAUAUUCUUCUGCACUGAACCAAGGUUGGAAAAAGUCCUGGUGCAUGGGCACUAUAGUCAACAGAGCUGGCCAAGUGGGUGUUGUUAUCCGCUAAGUCCUGUGCUCAGCUUGUUCUUGCGCAGAGCUCCCAAGCUCCCUUUAUCCUGUGGGGAAUGAAUGGUGAAGUAGGGAGCAAUGUCCUAAUCCGUCUGCUAGAACUUUGCAGUCCUCCCUCCUUCUCUUCUAACCCUAUAGCCUCUGCUGUGUUGGUGUGCACUGUCCUUUUCUGUCCUUGUCCAAGUUAGAGCUGUGCUUCUUUCUCUGGCUUUCUUCUCUCCUCUUUCUCUGUCUCAGUGGCUUUCUGUCACUGCUGUUUGUCUUUCGCUUUCAUAGCGAUGUUAGAAAGAAAAAAUGUGCAAAUGUCAUAAGCAGUUCUCAGGGAAAGUGUAUAAACCAGGCUCCAUCUGCAUAUCCUACAUAUCUAAUUAAAUACAUACUUGAGGUUUCAUUUAAUCCUCCCUUUUGAUUUUUUUGCACUGUAGCCCUGUUUAAUUCACCAGCAGACACAUGUACAUCAAACUAGAACAAUAAAUCUUUAAAUGCAGUCAGUCAGUGGCAACUUGUAGCUGAAACGAGAGCCCAAGAGCGGUUGAGCGGUUUUCUACCCAUGCUGCACUUCUUCUUUUUGUCCUUGCCUCUUCUGUUUCUUAAUCCACAAAAAUCUGCUCAGCUUCGAGUCCCCUUCCUUUUACACCUGCAAAAUAGGUUUUCACCUCUGUCCAGUCUGACAGCAAAGCCCCCUGCCCUCCCCAGAAAACGUCUCCCGCAUGCCACAGUCUCUUUCUGCUGUCCUGAGCAGCUGUCUCUCUACUGUUUCCUUCUUUCUCUAUGUCUCUGUCCAUCUCUACUCUUUUUUCGCAAAUCUGGAUUGUCCAAGAAUCCAAUGCUGUUUUUUUUUCCUCCGUGAGAAGUCUUCUCACCUUAUUUUUCCCUCCCAAUCGUCCUCAUUGUGUAAGCUGAGUUGAAUGGCCGAGGCGCAGUGGCAGGAUGACCCUGAGCAACCCCACCCUCCCCUGUAUUCUCUACUACAGAUUCCUGUAAAGACGAGACUGUCCUAGUUAAGUAUAUGCAGGCAGAAGCGCUCCGUGUGACCUGACCACAGGACCGCAGCGACUCAGAGAGGAGAACUUUCCCUCUCCAGCGUUUCUUGGCUCCACAGUGGAUUGAGGUCACUUUCCACAGGAGAGAGGCAUGUAGGGAAAAGGAAAGAGACAAGUGAAUAGGAUACUGGUACUACGUUUGAGUAUUUCCUUCACAUACCAUGAUUGCGAAAGCAUUUUUUCUGUCUGAUGACCCUCUCAAAACAGCAAGGGGUCUUUUUUUUGGACAAGGACACUUUUUUAAAGACUGAAAGUGUGGACAAUAAUACAUCAGCACCGAAGGCAUGGUACAAUCUGCUGUUGAUUUGACAAAGAGUGGAAUAACAUUAAUAAUCAAUGGUUCAUUAUAUCCACUAACACUUCUAAUGGUAUAAUCUACAAUGUCCUAUGUGACAGUUGUAGAAGGCUUACAUUUUAGCAUGAGUUGCAUGGUGGUAUGUUUAAAAAAAUAAUAAAAAAAAUAAUAAAAUUGCUUACUGCUGUUAUGAAUAUCUGUAUGAAAAAAAACUAUAUUUUCUUUCUUCACUUUUUGAAUACGCUUCAUGUAGCCAUGAUUACAAGAUGUUCAAAGAUGUACAUUUCCUUAGCAGCGAAUUAUUCAAUUUUCCAUAUUUUCAUUUGUGCUACUAACCACCUGUAAGCCAGCUCUGGUCAUAUUGACCUCAAAUCCUGAAUGAAAAACAAGUCGUUGCUGAGGAGGGCAAAAGAAAUUAUUUCAGUAAGCUUUCUGUGUGGUCAAUUCAAUCUUUUCAUCUUGUUUCUGUUUGGCAUGCUUGUGCUAUUGAAUCUUACUAAGAGAAAAAUAAAUGAGCAAAUUUAGUUGAUAUUUUUCUGUUUUAUGCUAUAAUAUUGGUGCGUAGAUCAUGUGGAGAGCUAUCGUGAGCAGCUGUUUAUUUCACAUAUUAAGUACAGACUUUUGACAGUGUUAUUUUUGAAAAAUAAAUGAACAAAAAAAUGACAAAAAAUGUCAUAGUGUUAAAAGAAGGGAGUCAAGAUGUGUGUUGCACAUCUUUACUCAUAUCUUUUCUUUUAGGUACAAAAAUGAGUAAAAAUUUUAAAAAGACAAAUGUAUAUUUACAACAUAAGAGCACUGUAUGCAAUUUAGAACUGCGGGGAGUGAAUCAGAUGCAUGCACAAUGUUAUGCAAAAAAAGAAAAAACUGAUAGAGCACAUGGUUCCAAUUCUAGCAUGAAAUAAAUUUUGUAUGAAACCUGUUUGCAGAGUUUGGUUUUUCAUUGAAUGGAAAGGAAUGUUCUUUUUUUUU